AUGGGCAUCCCCGUCGCGGCGGCCAUUGUGGUCGGCUUGACGUGUUCUUUCAUCCAGUCGCUUGGCCUCACGAUCCAGCGCAAGUCACAUGUGCAGGACGAGCUGAAGCCGCCCGAGGAGCGCGUGCGCGCUCUCCGUCGCCCGCUCUGGAUCAUCGGUUUCCUCGUCUACAUCAGCUCGAACGUCUUUGGGUCCGUGUUCCAGAUCGGCGCGCUACCUAUCGUCGUGCUCGCGCCGCUCGGCGGAGUGUCCCUGCUCUGGAACUCUCUGCUUGCGCACUUCCUCCUUGGCGAAGGCUUCUCCAACGCCAUGAUGGCCGGCACGGUACUCAUCGCCACUGGCGCCGUGCUCAUUGCCGUAUUCGGCGUUGUGCCCGACGAGAACCACAGUCUGGACGAUUUGCUCCGGCUCUGGGCGCGCGAGCCGUUUGUGGUGUUCUUCACCCUCGUUUGUCUCGCUGUCACGGUCACGCUGGUUUCCGCGCAUGUCGUCGCGUGGCGCACGAGAGAUAGGGGCAUCAAGCUCGCCGUCGAGAGCGAUACGACCGAGCCCCUCAUCCCGCUCGCGAGGGGGGGCGAGGCGCCGGUGCAGAAGGCGGUGCACUUUACGACCCCGACCGAGGAGCGCGUGAACCGCACACGUACGCUGGUCGGACUCGCCUUCGCCGCUGCGUCGGGUACUCUCUCGGGCCUCUGCCUCGUGCUCGCCAAGGCCGCCGUCGAGCUCGUCAUCACUACCAUCGAGUACUGGCGCACGGGCAAGGGAUCCAACGAGUUCACGCGUCCGCAGACGUGGUUCCUCGUUCUCGGCUUGGCCAAUGCUGCAGUCCUGCAGCUCGUGUACCUCAACUACUCUCUGACGUUUGCCUCGCCCGCACUAGUCUGUCCGCUGGCGUUCUGCUUCUACAACCUCGCAUCAAUCUUCGACGGCCUCGUGUUCUACGACCAAUUCGGGCGGCUGUCGGCACACCAAAUCGUCCUGGUCACUCUGGGAACCGCCGUGCUCUUAGUGGGCGUGUGGGCCGUAUCCAACGCGCAGCCCGAGGGCGUCGAAGUGGGCACCUUUGCAGACGAGUGGGAGGAGGAGGCGCUCUGCGACGAGCCCGAGUGCACAGAACACGAAGAGCUCGUCCGCUCCCCCGAAACCUAUGCCUAUGACCCGCCGCCGUCGCCCACGCACCGCCGCCGGUCGCGCUACGGUACGCUGCAUGAGUAUCAGCGCGCGCCGGCCGGAUUCGCGUUUGGUAUCGGCGCCGCGUCCCCCGGUUUCGCGCUGCGCUCCAACUCGCUCUCGGGGGGCGAGGGCGUACAGCUGCGCAGGGCUCGGAGCCAGUCUGAGGGGCCGGAGGGACACGCCGCACACGCCGCGAGUCCCCUGUCGCCGAGGGGCGCCUCGGCGGCUGCGUCAGCGGCCGCUAUUGCCGCGUCCGCUGCUGCUGCCUCAGCCGUAAGAGCAGGAGCGGUGGGAGAGGGAGUGGCGCAAGAGCCGCACCCGACGGAACAGGAACCGAGAACGCGGCACACGCGCGAACCGAGCGCGCAUGGAGAUGAAGUGCAGCCGUCUCCCGGGUGGAAACUGAGGCUGCCGUGGAAGAAGAUCAGGCUGUAG